AUGGCGACUUCUAAGAAACGUGUAUGCAGGCGGUGGCCCUUUGUACCUCAAGAUCGUUUCCCUUCCUUCCUUCGCAUUGCCCCCUCUAUCCGUCGUCUUGUGCUGCAGCAGCAGCAGCAAUGGCGGCAGCAGCUGCUGCAUGCAAGGGAGCUCCGUAUACAGACCACGCAGGCAUUCUCUUCUACGCAUCUUAACACCAUCAGCAACAGCAGCAACAGCAGCAGCAGCAGUAGCAGUAGCAGCAGCAACAGCAGCAGCAAUCAUAAUUCUGCUGCAUGCACACCACUACAACGCGCUAGUCCGUCACCAAGGGCUGCAUGCAAACUGCAGCAACAGCAGCAGCAGCAGCAGCAGCAGCAGCAAGAUGCUAUUUCUCGUGAGGUUACUGUAACAGAUGAUGGUACAGAUUCCGAUGUACCCACAGCAGCAGCAGCAGCAGCGGCAGCAGCAGCAACUGCUGCUGCUGCUGCUGCAGAUGAAGAAACAGCAGCAGCAGCAGCAACAGAUGACAAGAGAGAUGUAACAGAAGGUGACGAGGGUGAGCAUGCAUCUGCAGCUAGUGCAGCAGGACCAGCUGCUGCUGCUGCUGCAGCACGAGCAGCAGCAGGAGCAGGAGGAGGAGGAGGAGGAGGAGGGUUCGUGCUGCAGUCGGAGACAGAGAGACUGGUAAGAUGUUGGUGGCUAAAGAGACACCUAGCAGCAAAGCUGCAGCAGCGGCAGCAGCUGCUGUCGCUGCUAGGGGAGGUGCAGCAGCAGCGGUACUUGCUGCUUGCUGCUGCUGCUGAGGAAUUAAGGGAAGCAGAUAAAGAAGAGGAGCAGCAAGAGCUGCAGGCAUAUAGGCAGCAGCAGCAGCAGCUGCUGCAGCAGAUGCAUCAAGACAUGCUGCAGCGCAGGAAACAGCAAAGAGAAGAAAGAGAGAGACAGCAGCAGCAGCAGCAGGAAGCAGCGCAGCGGAGACAAAGAGACAACAAGAGACGUAAGGCAGGAGACACUGAUGAGGCAGCAACAGCAGCAACAGCAGCAACACCAGCAGGAGGAACAGCAGCAGCAGCAGCUGCAACACCAACAACAGGAGCAGCAACAGGAGCAGCAGCAACAGCAUCUGCUGCUGCUGCUGCUGCAGCACCGCAGCCGCAAGGCGCUUCGCCGCAACAGCAAAGCAGCAGCAGCAGAGCUGCUGCUGCUUCCGAUGCAGCAGCAACAGCAGCAGCAGCAGCAGCAGCAGCAAAUGUGGAUAGGAAGACAGAAUCUAGCUCUCCUGCCUUACAACCUCUUGGAUCCGAGGAGCAGCAGCAGGAGCAACAGCAGCAGCAGCAGAAGCAGCAGCAGCAACAGCAGCAGCAGCAACACCAAUCAGCAACAAUAGAUGACGCAGAUAAUUACUUGCUGCCUUGGGGUGGUGCAGCAACAGCAGGAGAUGCAGCAGCCUUGCUGCAGCAGCAGCAGCAGCAACAUCAGCAGCAGCAGCAGCAGCUCCUUCUGCUGCAGCAGCAGCAAGAACAGCUGCUAGCUAAGGCGCAGCUAACAACACGCAGCAGCAGCAGGAGAGGCCUAAGGCAUCGGGGAGCAAGAGGUACUAUGCUUGGUGUUGCUGCUGCUGCUGCAGCAGCAGCAGCAGCAGCACCUGCAACAGGAGUUGGGGGCUUUUCUCAGCUGCAAGCAGAUGCAGCAGCAGCAGCUGCUGCAGCUGCUGCUGCUGCGUCUGAGGCCUCCGAUGCCGCAGCUAACAGCAGCAGCAGCAGCAGCAGCAGCUCGGGUCUCCGCCCUAGUACGCGGUUAACGAGAUCUGCUUCUCGGUUUGCUGCUCGUGUCCCUAGGAAGGGUUUGCUGCCUGCUGCUGCUGCUGCAGCAGCAGCAGCAGCAGCAGGUGGUCCUGUGGGUCUGUCCCCGCUGCUGCAGAGCUCUGCAGCAGCAGCUGCAGCAGCAGCUGCUGCAGCAACAACUCCAGCAGACCAUUCGAGACAGCAGCAGCAGCAGCAGCAGCAGCAGCAGAUCUUGCUGCCAGCAGGCCUCACUGCUUCUCAUUUAGCUGCAUUUAAUGCCAGUGCUGCUGCUCUUAAGCAGAAUGCUGUCCCCUCAGCAGCAGCAGCAGCAGCAGCAGCGGUAGCAGCAGCAGCAACCCAGCAGCAGCAGCAAGCAACAAAGGCAGCGCUGCAGCAGCUCGGUUUAACACCUAAUCAUAGAAACAACGCAGCAGCAGCAGCAGCAGCAGCAACACAAGCAGCAGCAGAUAAUCCACAGCUACAAGGACCUAUAUCAUUAGCUGCUGCUGCUGCUGCUGCACCUACAGCAGCAACAGCAGCAGGCCCUCUGUUGCUCUCAGGGGGGAACACAGCAUCCUGGAGUGGUGGGGGUUCAGCUGCUGGCAGCAGCAGCAGCAACAACAGCAGCAGCAGCAGCAGCAGUAGCUCUAUUACACCGCCUGGGACGGCAAAUAGUACAGCAGCAGCAACCGCAGCAGCAGCAGCAGCUGCUGCUGCUGCUGCUGCUCGUAGCCCAUUGAUGCAGACAAAACAGCUGCUUCUUGGGCUUCCUUUGUGGGGCCGCACAGGCGUUGGUGCAGCAGCAGGAAGUGUACAGACAGCUGCUGGAAGCAGCAACAGCAGCAGCAGCAGCAGCAGCAACUCGUCGUCAGCCCCGGAAGGAACCAAAUCUGAACAGCAACUGCAGCCGCCAGCAGCAGCAGCAGCAGGGUUACUUGCUGCUGCUGCUGCUGCAGCAGCACCCGGAGCGGUUCAUUCUCCUGGCGGUGGCAGCAGCAGCAGCAGUAGCAGCAGCAGCAGCAGUAGCAGCAGCAGCAGCAACAACAACAAUGGCUCCGCAGCCCAGCAGCAGCAGGCUCCCUCUCCAUCAAGGCCCCCUGCUUACGCACCACUGCAGCAGCAGCUGCUGCAGCACCAGCUUCAGCAGCAGCUGCUGCAGCAGCACAUCCAAAAUCAGCAGCAGCAAUCCAAGACACAGGGAGUUAAUCAGCAGCUGCAGCAGCAGCAGCUCCUCUUGCAGCAGCGUCAUCAGCAGCUGCAGCAGCAAGCAUCGCAGCAGCAGCAGCUGAUGCUGCUGCAGCAGCGCGCUGCUUCCCUGCAGGCUGCGACGGUUCAAGGGCAGCAACAGCAGCAACAGCAACAGCAGCAGCAGCAGCAGCAGCAUCAGCAGCAGAGUCAACUACCUGCAGGAAUCCAGCAGCUCUUGAGUCAGCCAUCGCAACAGUACACGCCGCAGCAGCUGCAGCUGCUGCAGCAGAUACAGCAGCAGGCGCAGCAGCAGCAGGCGCAGCAGGCCCAGCAGCAGCAGCAGCAGCAGCAGCAGCAGCAAGGAGGCUCUCUACCUGCAGGCAUUAGUGCUGCAUCGGUGCAGCAGCUGCUGCAGGCACGGCAGCAGCAGCUGCUGCAGCAGUUCCAGCUGCAUCAUUUGCAAGUAAAAGUGCAGCAGCAGCAGCAGUUGCAGCUGCAGCAGCAGCAGCUGCAACAGUUGCAGCAACAGCAGCAGCACAUACAGGCGCAGCAGCAGGCUCAGCAGCAGCAGCAGCAGCAGCAGCAGCAGCAGCAGGCACAGCAGCAGGCUCAGCAGCAGGCUCAGCAGCAGGCUCAACAGCAGGCUCAGCAGCAGGCCCAGCAGCAGGCCCAGCAGCAGGCGCAGCAGCAGGCUCAGCAACAGGCGCAGCAGCAGGUGCAGCAGCAAGCUCACCAACAGGCGCAGCAGCAGGCACAGCAGCAGGCCCAGCAGCAGGCGCAGCAGCAGACCCAGGAGCAGCAGCAAGCACAGCCGCCGCCGCAAGCGCAACUGCAGCAACUGCAGCAGCUGCAGCAACUGCAGCAGCUGCAGAGCAAACUGCAGCAGCAGCUGCAAGGCCGCCUAGCGGGGACGGCGCAGUUUCCUCCGCAGCUGCUGCAGCAGCGGCUGCUGCAGCAGCAGAUGAUGCAGCAGCAAGUGCUGCAGCAGCGGCAGCAGCAAAUCCAGCAGCAGCUGCAGCAGAUACAGCAGCAGCAGCAGGACGGUGUGCAAAUGGCUGCUCGCCUUGCCGCUCUAAGCAGCGACAACAGCAGCAGCAGCAGCAGCAGCACCAGCACCAGCACGGCGCUGCAGCAGCUGCAGCGGGCUGCAACAGCAGGGAAUCCUGCUGCAGCAGCAGCAGCUGCUGCUGCUGCACUGCAGCAGCAGCUAGGGACACUAUCUGCUGCUCACUCGCCUGCGGGGAGUCUCCUGCGUCCUGCUGCAGCUCCUGCUGUGUCUCAGCUGCUGCCAGCAGCAGCAGCAGCAGCACAAGGAGGAGCAGCAGCACCAGCAGCAGCAGCAGUAGGGGGUCUCCUCUGUUCCCCUAACUCUACCCUCCAAGGGUCUCCUCUUCUUGCAACAGCAGCAGCAGCAGCAGCACUAUCUCUAGCAUUGCCACCAUCUGCUGCUGCUGCUGCUGCUGCGGCUGCAGCUGCUGCUGCGAAUGAUGCAGCAGCAAGCGCGCCAGCGGCAAAAGCAGCAGCAGCAUUGCCGCCUGCUGCUACAGCUGCUGCUGCUGCGCCAGCGUCUUCUGCUGCUGCACCCGCUGCUGUGGCGUCUGCUGCUGAUGACACAGCUGGCGGUGCAGCAGCAGCAGCAGCAAGAGCAGUAGCAGCAGCAAUAACAGAUCCAGCACAACAGCGGCAAGCAUCUGCUGCAGCAGCAGCAGCAGCAGCAGCUGCUGCUGCUGCUAGACAAGCGGCGGAGUGCGCAGAUGGCGAGACAGCAGCUGCUGUCGAGUCUCGUCAGCAGCGGCAGCAACAGCAGCAGCAGCAGCAAGACAUGAUACAGGGCCGGGAGCCACGCUUAGCUGCUGCUGCAGCAUGGGGCCUAACUACACAGCAACAGCAAGCACCAGCAGCAGCAGUUGCUGCUGAAGGUGCAGAUGCAGCAGCAGCAGGAGCAGCAGCGGCAGCAAGAGCAGCGCCAGCAGCGCCAGCAGCAGCAGCUGCUGCAGAUCUUCCCAAGGAUCAGCAGCAGGACAGUGCCGCAGCAACAGCAACAACAGCAGCAACAGCAGCAGCAGCAGGAGCAAGUGCUGCUGCUGCGGGGAAAGAGAGUAGCAGCUAA